AUGGAGGAGGAGCCGCCGGCCUCAGGCCUGGCGGCGCGCGGCGACCUGCGCUCGGCGCUGCCCUUCCUCCCCGUCGUCCUCCGCGGCGGCGCGCUCUUCUGGCCGCCCGCGGCGCAGGAGUCGCUCCGGGCCCUCGCGCUCGGCCCCGACGUCAGCCGCGUCGCCUCUGGGGACGUCCUCGCCGACGCGCUCACGGACCUCCGCCUCGCGCUCGCCCUGCCCGCGCUGCCCCCGCUCGCUGCCGACGGCCUGGCGCUCUUCUUCGACGACCUCCUCUCCCGGGCCCAGGCGCGGGGCUGGUUCGCCGAGGUCGUCCCCAACCUCGCACGCCUCCUCCUCCGCCUCCCCAUUCUGCUCGAGGACCACUACGCCAAGGCCGGCCAUGGCGCCUCCGGGCUCCGGGUCCUGGCGUCGCAGGACGUGGGCCUUGUGCUCCUCAGCCAGGAGCUAGUCGCCGCGCUGCUCACCUGCGCGCUCUUCUGCCUCUUCCCCACGGCCGGUAGGGACCAGGCGUGCCUUCCCACCAUCAAUUUCGAUGGCCUGUUCACGUAUGUCCUCUUUGCAUUCUGUGUUGUUUCGCUUAUGAUUGGAAAAAAAAGAAAACAACUAGAUUGGAGUACCUAUGUUCAUGUUCUGUUCACCGAUCGCAGGGCGCUGAUUCACCGAUCGCAAAGCCAGCAGCAGAAAGUGAGGUGCCUUGUUCACUAUUUCGAGAGGGUGACUGAUUCUACACCUACUGGUUUCGUUUCGUUUGAGCGCAAAGUUCUUCCCCGCCGAGGCCUCUCUGAUGGCAUUCCCUACCCUGACAUCCAUGCGUGGUUGGCAUCUAGUGCACCCCUCUGCCAAUUCCGGGUAUUUUCCUCAGGUUUUAUAGAAGAUGAGGAACAAGAAGCCCUUCAAGUUGACUUUGCAAAUAAAUAUUUGGGAGGAGGUGCCCUUUCCAGGGGUUGUGUGCAGGAAGAGAUCCGCUUCAUGAUAAACCCCGAAUUGAUUGUGGGUAUGCUAUUCAUGGCUUCUAUGGAAGAUAAUGAGGCUAUAGAAAUUUUUGGUGCAGAACGGUUCUCACAGUAUAUGGGUUAUGGUUCCUCCUUUCGCUUUGUCGGUGACUAUUUAGAUACCAAACCCUUUGAUUCAAUGGGGAGACGGAGAACUAGGAUAGUUGCAAUUGAUGCUUUGGACUGUCCAGCUAGGUUACACUAUGAAUCUGGUUGUCUCCUAAGGGAAGUGAACAAGGCUUUUUGUGGAUUUUUCGAUCAAUCAAAACACCAGCUUUAUGUGAAGCUUUUCCAGGAUUCACACAACAAGGGUAACUUUCCAAGUAUCAAUUCCAAUGAGUACAUAGGAGUUUCAACAGGAAAUUGGGGUUGUGGUGCUUUUGGUGGAAACCCUGAAAUCAAGAGCAUGAUUCAGUGGAUUGCUGCAUCACAGGCUCUCCGCCCUUUUGUUAAUUACUACACCUUUGAGGUUGCAUCUCUGGAAAGAUUAGAGGAGGUGAUCCAGUGGAUACUACGUCAUGGCUGGACAGUCGGUGAGUUGUGGCAUAUGCUCAUCGAGUACUCAUCCCAGAGGCUGAAAGGAGAAACGUACAAGGGAUUUUUCGCUUGGCUACUUCCCAACAGCAGGCCCAACAAUGACACGCAUUACAUGUCUGAUGAAUAG